AUGGGUCAUUUUCUCGGACCAGCCUGCCUCAGUCUGCGCAUCGUUUGCAAGGCCAGGCAGCUCGCGGAGACAACGAUCACAUGGACGGAUGAGCACGAAUGUCUGCUGAGGUAUACCAAUGUUAUUGGAGUCGGGGAGUUGAGAUGCUUGGCGGUCGCGGGAAUUUCAUCAAGUAUUUUCCAUAGCACUGGUUUACGACUCUAUUUUCCGUCAUCUGAGCUCUCGCACCCUCGCGGGAUUUACGUGCACCUGUCAUCUUUUCCUGAGGCAGUAACUCGCUUUUAUCGCCCUGCGUAUAACAUCAACCGACAUUUAUCUCGUUAUUUCCCCGAUCCCCUCGAAUUCUGCUCCCUUCAAGCACGCACUGGACUGGACAUUUCAGGCUCCAAUGCGUUGCAGUUCCUUGAUAGGAGCUUUUAUCCCAAAUCAGAUCUUGAUCUCUACGCUCAUCCUGGUCAUGUUUACGAGGCGAUGGAGUGGCUCGAGUUUGUUGGGUACAAUUUCGAACCCGACUCAAAUCAAGAUCAAGAUGAGGACUGGCACAAUGAAGUUUCGGCUGAGUGGGAUGAUACAGCGCGGAGAAUGGACCGAAACGACCUUGGAGACCCAACGUGGUAUCCUCAAAUCGCAGCUGUUUACACCUUCGAGCAAAAUGUGGCUGCGGACAAAGAGAAUAUGGAGCUCAAGGUUCAAAUCAUUCACAUACUAGGUUCGACGCUGAAAUUCCAAGGUUCCGGGAGGCGCGCAGUUUACAUUCUGUAUAGGGCUCGGGCCCAUGCAAGCGUCGUUCGGUAG